UGCUCCGUAUUCAGAUGCAUUUCGUUCGUACAAAAUUCUGUAACGUGUCAUAUAUUCUUUCUUGACCACAGAAACUGGAUUCCGACACUAUGCGUAAUGUUUGUUUUUUUUGAGUAAUAAAGAAAUAAAAUUAUUAUUAAUUUAAUACAAAUAUAUAAACAGUCGCUAAUGGGUGGGUCAUAGAAUCAAACGUCGUCGUUGUUCUGUUUUUAGAGAGCUUUGAAGCUUGGUUUUGAGCUUAGCAUUUAAUGGCGGUCGUCGUCUCCAUCCACCGUCCUUAUGCAACCCUCACUUUCUCUCAAAGUCCUAAUCUUCCUAAACCUCACCACGAAUUCAACAAUUCCUGCCUGAGGUUUGAUCAUCUACCUCGGAACACCAAGAAUCAGCUCCGUUGCUUAUCUGCGAAAUCGACGCCAUCAAAACCAGACCCUGAAUCUCCUCAAGAUGGGGAAGAGCUGGAGAGUGUGGGAGUCAAAGCAGCUUUAGCAAUGCUGAGAUUCUACAAGAGAGAGAUAUCGCCGGUGUUACCUAGAAGCUGCCGUUACAUUCCGACUUGCAGUGAAUACUCAAUGGAAGCUUACAAGAAAUAUGGAUUUCUCAAAGGCACUGUUCUCACCACUUGGCGUCUCUGCCGCUGCAAUCCUCUUGGUGGAUCUGGAUUCGAUCCUCCAAGAUGGUUUGGUGACAGUGAGAUCAAGCUCCAAGAAGGAGAAGGAGAAGAAGAAGAAGAUAACUAUGACGACGAAAGGUUUUGAAUAAGUUAUUUAAAAAAAACAGUAGAAGUUGUAAACUAACACUAGAGAAAGCAAUGAAUGGGAAAGCUAGCAGGUGUAGAAAAAAGUUUGUUGCAACUACGAGAGAAAAAGAAUUACAACAUUUCUUCGUUUGAA